GUUCUCUAGACACCCAGCGGCUGAUCUUGGGGUUGUGUCCCUGUAUCUGGCCCCGAGGCUAAGCGUCCAAUGCUCCUGGGAUCCACAUUCUCCUCCUCCAUGCACAGACAUCCCAGCGGGGAGGGGGCUGCACGCACACAAACAUACGCUGCCAUUCAUACACGGGCUGCCCUGUGUCUUUUACUGACGCUCGUCAUGACUAAGUUUUGUAAAAUAAUUACACAUUUCUAAUCAUUUGAUCUGCCAACAACUGAAAGAUCCAUUUUAUUCCAUAAAUUAUUGGCAUCUUGGGUUCAUAAACCAAGAGGAAAUUCCACCUGUUUAUUUAUAUUCUUCUGGUAAUUUAUCUCUGACUGCUUCUAUCUAAAUGGACAACUUCCUGUUUCCAGACUCAUUUGCCUGGGGAGCAUCAACUGCUGCAUAUCAAGUUGAAGGAGGAUGGAAUGCAGAUGGGAAAGGCCUCAGUAUCUGGGAUACAUUCACUCAUCAGGGAGGAGAUCGAGUUUUUAAGAACCAGACUGGAGAUAUAGCUUGUAGCAGCUACACUCUGUGGGAAGAAGAUUUGAAAUGCAUCAAACAGCUUGGAUUGACUCAUUACCGCUUCUCUCUUUCCUGGUCACGUCUGUUACCUGAUGGGACAACAGGUUUUAUCAACCAGAAAGGUAUUGACUAUUACAACAAGAUGAUUGACAGCCUUUUGGAAAAUAAUGUCAUUCCAGUGGUGACACUGUAUCACUUUGAUAUGCCUCAAGCUAUAGAAGAUCAAGGAGGUUGGAAAUCUUACGAAACAGUUGAAAUCUUUGAGCAAUACUCACAAUUUUGUUUUGAAACUUUUGGGGAUAGAGUUAAACUCUGGAUUACUAUUAAUGAGCCAUGUAUGGUUGCCAAACAUGGCUAUGAAGAUGGCUUGUUUGCACCGGGUGUAAAGGAGCCAGGUGUUGGAGUUUAUGUAUCUGCUCAUAACAUGUUGAAAGCACAUGCAAGAGCCUGGCAUAACUAUAACAUAUUAUUCAGAAACAAGCAGAAAGGACUUGUUUCUAUAGCUCUUAAUUCAGAUUGGGCAGAACCUUUUUAUCAAGACUCUGAUACGCAUAAGGAAGCUACUGAACGAUAUCUAGCGUUUGAGCUCAAUUGGUUUGCAAAUCCAAUAUUUGUUGAUGGAGAUUAUCCAGCUAUAAUGAAAUCUGAAAUUGCAAAGAAAAGUAAAAAUCAAGGUUUGAAAGCAUCCCGGCUCCCCAAAUUCACAGAAGAUGAAAAGGCAAUGAUGAAAGGCACGGCUGAUUUUUUUUGCUUAAACUAUUAUACAACUAGAAAAAUAAAGCCAUACAUAAGGAAGGUUGAAAAAGUGAGUUAUAAAGCGGAUAUGUCAGCAGAAGGUAUAAAGGAUCCAGAGUGGCCUGAAUCUGGUGUUGAGUGGUUGGCUGUGGUUCCGUGGGGCCUUCGAAAGCUACUAAAAUAUGUUAAGGAUUCCUUUGGCAACCCAGUCAUUUACAUAACUGAAAAUGGAUUUGCCCAGAAUUAUUCUGCACCACUCGAAGAUAAGCAGAGAUGGUUAUAUUUUCAAGAGACAUUGAUGGAAAUUUUAAAAGCAAUCAAGUUGGAUGGAGUCGAUCUUAAAGGAUAUUUUGUUUGGUCUCUUCUUGACAACUUUGAGUGGGCAAGUGGCUACAGUGUGAGGUUUGGGCUCUUCCAUGUGGAUUUUGAAAAUACCAACCUUCCGAGGACCCCUUAUUUUUCAGCGAUUCAAUAUGAACAGGUUGUGAAGAGAAAUGGAUUGGCAAAUUCAGUUGAUUCUGUUUAAUAUUCCAUUAAUACUUUAUAUGGCAAAAGUAGAAUUUUUUCAAACAAAUGUAACACAUCAGGUUAUUUUAAAUCAGACUGAGGUUAAUAAAGUGUAUUUGUAUCUAU